UUCAUGUCAAAGCACUAAGCAUUAAAAAAUUGAUUAAAAACUCAUUAGCCCUUGGAAAGUGGAAGAUUUUCACAGAAGAGGACAUCUUUGAGAUUGGAAUGAUCCUCGCCUCACUCUCUCUCUAAUCCAAUACAUACAAUUUUUACAGCAGAGGUGUUUCAUCUUCAUCUUCAUCAACCAUCGCCUAUAUCAUUUUCAACUACAAUUUCCCAGGAAGAUAGUGAUGCAUCUUGCAGUUUGGUCGAGGUAGUGAUUUGGGCUAAUUUGCUUGAACGAGCCGAAGGAGGUGAGGAUGAUAGUGAUGUAUUGGGGGUGGAGUGGGUGAGGAAGAUGAGAAGGAAGCCAACGGGAUGCCGAGCUUUGAUCCUCAUUUACCCAUUUCAAAUGCACCUGGCAUAGAGGGAAGCAGAAUCCACGCAUAUCGUGUCUCUGAUUUUGGGCCAUUUGAGCAAUCUGUUGCAUUUCGCUUAGAGGACGCCAUUGACCUGAGUACAAGUACGGUGUUCAAUUCAGCAAAAGCAAGUGGCCAAGCAGUCUCUUUUGAUCCCCUCCAUAUUGCCACUUUUGACAAGUCAACUACUUCCUUUAAUAUUAAUCCACCUGCUGCGCAAGUGGAGUCCCAGAGAUUGCCAUUAGAAAAGAAUCAACAGUUGAACCUGGUAUCCAUAUCUAGUGGUAAUACAGAGAACUGGGGAGAGUCCAAUAUGGCUGAUGCCAGCCCAAGGACUGAUAUAUCAACUGAUGCGGACACUGAUGAUAAAAAUCUGGGGUUUGAUAGAGGUCUAUCUAUUGUUGUUGCAGCUUCAGAUUCCAGCGACAGAUCAAAGGAUAAACUGGAUCAGAAGACUCUUCGUAGACUGGCCCAAAAUAGAGAAGCUGCAAGAAAAAGCCGGUUGAGAAAGAAAGCCUAUGUCCAACAACUGGAGAGUAGCCGCUUGAAGCUGACGCAACUGGAACAGGAGCUCCAGCGGGCACGCCAGCAGGGAAUCUUUAUAUCAAGCUCAGGGGACCAAGCCCAUUCAAUGAGUGGAAAUGGGGCCAUGGCAUUUGAUGUGGAAUAUGCGCGGUGGCUGGAAGAGCAAAAUCGACAAAUUAAUGAGCUGAGAUCAGCUGUCAAUUCCCAUGCCAGUGAUGCUGAACUUCACAUUAUCAUAGAUGGUAUAAUGGCUCAUUAUGAUGAAAUUUUUAGGCUGAAGAGCAAUGCAGCCAAGGCUGAUGUUUUCCAUUUGCUAUCUGGCAUGUGGAAGACACCUGCUGAGAGGUGUUUCUUGUGGCUUGGUGGCUUCCGUUCAUCAGAGCUCCUCAAGCUCCUUGUGAAUCAAUUGGAGCCUUUGACCGAGCAACAGUUGGUAGGCAUAGGUAAUCUGCAGCAAUCUUCCCAACAGGCAGAAGAUGCUUUAUCUCAAGGAAUGGAGGCGUUGCAGCAGUCCCUGGCUGAGACAUUGUCUAGUGGAUCUCUUGGUUCGUCCAGUUCAUCUGGAAAUGUGGCAAAUUACAUGGGUCAGAUGGCCAUGGCCAUGGGCAAGCUAGGGACCCUUGAGGGGUUCAUUCGCCAGGCUGACAAUUUGCGGCAGCAAACACUACAACAGAUGCACCGAAUAUUGACGACCCGCCAGUCAGGUCGUGCCCUUCUUGCCAUCCAUGACUACUUUUCCAGAUUACGUGCUCUUAGUUCUCUUUGGCUUGCAAGACCACGAGAGUGAACCAUGUGGUGUAUAUUUGUGGGAAAAUCUGAGCAUAUUCCAGAUCCAGCAAUCAUACAUGGUUUCUAGUGUUUUUAUAUUUUUUUUUCCCCUACAUUUCUCAAUUCUCAUCAUGUAGUUUCAGAUGUGUAUCACGGAACUAAUCUUACAGUCAGAAUUUUACUACUUCAGAAACAUAUAUGUCAAUGUUAAUUAUUCA